CCAUGACCAAUGAGAUUCUCUAGAAGAUCAAAUGUCACUAUAACAGGAGGACUUAAUCGCCUGGUGGAGUUUGCAGACCCUGCAGCCUGUCCCAUUCGGCAGAAAGCUCCUUGCUUCUCUGAGCUUCUCCCUCUCAGAAACCUACUGCCAACAUGUCUGAUACCGAAGACGUAGAGCAAGUAGAGGAAGAAUACGAAGAAGAAGAAGAAGCACAAGAAGAAGAAGCUCAAGAGGAAGUUCAUGUACCAGUUCAUGAACCAGUUCAUGAGCCAGAAGAAGUCCAUGAAGAAGAGAAGAAACCCAGACCACCACCGCUGGCUGCACCUAAGAUCCCAGAGGGCGAGAAAGUAGACUUUGAUGACAUCCAAAAGAAGAGGCAGAACAAAGACUUGAUUGAGCUCCAAGCCUUGAUUGAUAGUCAUUUUGAAGCCCGGAAGAAGGAAGAGGAGGAGCUGCUGGCCCUCAAAGAGAGAAUUGAGAAACGUAGAGCCGAAAGGUCAGAGCAGCAAAGAAUCCGGGCUGAGAAGGAAAAGGAGCGCCAAGCAAGGCUUGCUGAGGAGAAGGCCAGAAGAGAGGAGGAAGAUGCCAAAAGACGGGCUGAAGAUGACAUGAAGAAGAAGAAGGCUCUUUCCUCCAUGGGUGCCACAUAUAGCAGCUACUUGGCUAAGGCUGAUCAAAAGAGAGGAAAGAAACAAACUGCAAGGGAACUGAAGAAGAAAGUCCUGGCAGAGAGGCGCAAACCUCUAAACAUUGACCACCUUAGUGAAGACAAACUGAGGGAUAAAGCAAAGGAGCUGUGGGACUGGUUAUAUCAGCUGGAAACUGAGAAAUAUGAGUAUUUAGAGAAGAUCAAGCGGCAAAAAUAUGAUAUUUUAUCACUACGUUGCAGGGUGGAGGCACUAUCCAAGUUCAGCAAGAAGGCCGGAGCCAAGGGCAAAGUUGGAGGACGCUGGAAGUAAAGAUCUCAAGGGUGCCGGCAGGCAGAAUCGUCAGUGGCAGUGGCAUGGCUAAACAUUGCUGGCCUCCUUUUCCCUCUUUAAAUAUGGAUUCCAUUCUCUCGCCUAAGCAAAACCAUAGUGGCAACAUCAACCUGGAUUGCCUACUGCUUAUUUUAAGAGCUCCCACAUCUUUUAGAACCAUUGCCCUGGAAUUGAGAUGUCUCCCUGCUGACACCUUUUCUUAUCUGCUGUGUGUGUCCUUUAUUUUCCUAACCCUACGCUGCCCAGUAGAUUGCAGUGUAUGAGUCCUUUGGUUUUGUAAAUAAAGUGUGACCGAUAAUAUACUUUA